UGGUUUAUAUCAAGCUGCUGAGUUUAUGGAUGAAGAGCCGUUAAGAAAUUGUGAGACUGUUGAGGGGGAAGACAAGAUAGAUGAUGAGUUCUACGCAAAGCUAACUGAUGCAGAAACCCCUUUAUAUCCAAGCUGUUCUUCCCAUAGCAAGCUAUCAGCCAUUGUGACAUUGUUUAGGAUGAAGACAUAGAAUGGCUGGUCCGACAAAAGCUUCAAUGAUCUCCUUGAGACGUUGUCAGAAAUGUUACCGGAUGGUAAUGUACUUCACACAUCACUAAAUGAUGUGAAGAAAUUUUUGAAGUCUUUUGAUAUGGGUUAUCAAAAGAUUCAUGCCUGCAUAAAUCUCCACUGUCUCAGUCUUAGAUCCCAACUCCUAUCAUGCAAACAGUCUCAUCUCAUAAUCAGAUAUCUGAAGCAACUCCUUUAGCCCCUGUCAAGAAAGCUAAAAAUGUUAUAGACUCACCUGUUCGGAGAUCGCCGCGUAAAAAGAAAGAGUCAGUUAGCAAGGAAAAUCAGAAGUGCAAAUUGUUGGAUAUUAUCGGGGAGAAUCGGGUUGUUGCUGAAGGACGUUGGUCUUCAAACAAUCCAGACCAAGUUGUCCAUUGUGCUCCAUUGGGACCUAAUGCAGUACGCGUUUGGGUAGAUGUGGUGAAGGUUAAUGAUGCCGCUGUUUGGAGGCGUACUUCUGCUAUCGAGUGUAUGGAAGAUGCAAUUGGUACAACACUCGCAUGGCCAGAGGACAAAGUGGUAAUGGUUUGAAACUGAAGUACCUUUGUCUAGAUUAUGAGAACUUAUGCUAUUUAGACUUGUGUUGUUUAGCUUAUGGGAACUUAUGGUAUUGAGACUUAUGAA